AUGCACGACUCCGAUACUGACAAUGUGUCAAACCAAAUUCGACCAAACGAGUAUACCUCGCUUCUAUCCAAACCAAUCGACGAUUCAUCAUCAUGGAUCGAACCCGAAGAAGACAACCCUUACUCGCGAGACCUCGUCCUUGCCGAAUUCUGGCUACUUCUGAAAGACUCAAUCCCCGUGAUCUUAGCAUACACACUCCAAAAUAGUCUUCAGACAGUAUCAGUGCUGAUAUUAGGCCGUUCAUCACCACAGAACCUGGCCGUGAGUGCAUUUUCACAGAUGUUCGCCAUGGUCACUGCGUGGAUGAUUGCACUCGGUGGCACGACGGCCUUGGAUACACUUGCCUCGUCUUCAUUCACGGGCAGUGCCAAUAAACAUGAUUUGGGAGUCUUGCUUCAGCGUGGAUUCCUCGUUUUGGGUCUUUUUUAUAUACCGGUUGCUAUCCUGUGGGCUUGUUCUGAGCCUGUCUUUCUCUUCCUAGGACAGGAUCCUCAGCUUUCGCAUGAUAGUGCAAGGUUUUUGACUUGGUUGAUCCCUGGUGGGUUGGGAUAUAUUUAUUUUGAGGUUAUGAAGAAAUAUUUACAGGCUCAAGGAAUCAUGCGAGCUGGAACCUACGUUCUCCUUAUCACAUCGCCCCUUAACGCCGGACUCAACUAUCUGUUCUGCUACACAUUCGAAAUCGGUCUUCUAGGUGCCCCCAUGGCAACAGGUCUCUGCUACUGGUUAUCAUUUGCCUUGCUAGUUGUCUAUGCACGCUUCAUCAACGGUUCGGAAUGCUGGGGCGGAUGGUCGCGCGAGGCUUUUCAAAACCUAGGCACAUUCGCCAGACUGGCGCUACUUGGCGUUGUACAUGUCGGAACAGAAUGGUGGGCCUUUGAAAUCGUGGCAUUAGCAGCCGGACGCCUGGGAACAAUCUCCCUCGCUGCGCAGAGUGUAAUCAUGACAGCCGACCAAGUCCUCAACACAAUCCCAUUCGGAAUUGGAGUUGCUACUUCAGCCCGCAUUGGAAACCUACUUGGGAGCCGAAACAGCACCGGAGCUGCACGGGCAGCGCAUACAUCUGCAGUGCUCAGUAUGGUCUUCGGUGGAGCUGUGCUAGCCGUUCUUAUCGGGACGCGGGACCAUUUUGCGAAGAUAUUCAAUGAUGAUAGGAGCGUCGUGCAGCUUACUGCUGAGGUACUGCCUUAUGUGGCGCUUUUCCAGAUUGCUGAUGGGCUUAAUGGGAGCUGUGGUGGAAGUUUACGUGGAAUGGGACGGCAGCAUGUGGGUGCUUUGGUCAAUUUAGUGAGUUAUUACUGUGGUGCUUUGCCGCUCGGUAUUUGGCUUGCUUUCCAUGGCUGGGGGCUUCAGGGUCUGUGGGUUGGUCAGUGUAUUGCGCUGUAUUUGGUUGGGAUUUUGGAGUGGGGGAUUGUUGCUCGUAGUUCGUGGGAUGUUGAGGUUCGGAAGGCCUUUUUGCGGAUGGAUGUGCAUGAGACUCUGGAGGAUGGGGUGGAACGGUAUUGA